AUGGGUGCCCCUAAGAAGAUCAUAGCCGAGUCGAUCUUCGCUACAGUAACUCCCACCCUACGCGAAGAAGAGAGAGUCCCAAAGCUAUCUACCAGGGGCAAUGACUGGUCAAAAUUAAAUAUUGGCCGUAGCCAAGACCUUUACGACCCCGUGAAGAAUCCAGAUGGUGUCGUGAGACUCACCAACGCCCAUAAUGCAUUCCUACACGAUGACUUGGCAGCAUUCAUCAACUCCCACAACCAAUUUGAUAAGGGAGAUUGCUCUUACGGAAAAGGAGACACGGGCACCCUUCGUUUACGGACUGCCAUGGCCAAUCAUUUGAACGAGUACUUUGCGCCUGUGAGCAGCUUCGACGCUGAGCAAAUCACCUUCGCAGCAGGUGUCACCAGCCUUAAUGAAAUCAGUGCCAUGGUUUUGUGCGAUCCUGGUGACGCCAUCAUGAUCGGACGGCCAUGUCAUUCAGGCUUCGAAAAGGAUCUUUGUAUGAGAACAGGAGUAAAUAUAGAGUGGAUAUCAUUUGCAGGCGAUAACCAGUUCUCUCUUCUUGAAGUCGCCGACUACGAUGCCGCCUUUGAAGAGGCCAAAGCUCGAGGAAGCAAUAUCAAGGCAUUGAUCAUAUGCAACCCUCAUAAUCCGUUAGGCCAGUGCUACCCUCCCGACACUCUCAAAGCGUUGAUGGAAUUCUGCGCUUCCAAAGAAAUCCAUUUAAUUAGCGACGAAAUAUACGCACUGUCAACCUACGAAAGAGAAGAUCGGCCGUCCGAAAAAUUCACAUCCGUACGAUCCAUCGAUCCCUCGGGCAUUAUCGAUCCUCGCCAAGUUCAUGUUCUCUACGGCAUGUCAAAAGACUAUGGCGCCGGCGGAAUGCGUCUAGGUUGUGUAAUUUCACAAAAUCCGAAUUUCACUAAAGCAGUGCAAGCCGUGUCUCGCUUUGCCUCACCUUCAAAGUUUUCCAUGGACCUGGCUGCCAAGUUUCUUGAAGAUCGUCAGUUCGUUCACCAGUUCUUACAAGAGUCUCGACGUAUGCUUCUACAGGGCCGUCUGUACGCCGAGGAGCUUCUGAAACAAACCGAUAUCCCAUUCCAUGACCAAGGAAAUUCCGGUCUUGCCAUCUGGCUUGACUUGAGAGGAUUCAUCCCAUCGCUAGGCGCCAACUAUGACCCUUGGUUCGCCGAGCAGUUGAUUGCAAAGCGAUUCGAAGAAGCAGGCGUCCUUGUAGACCGCGGCGCAGUGUUUUCCGCUCCGACCGCAGGGAGAUUCCGGCUGGUAUUCAGCGUGGAUUCAGCGACUCUCAGGGAAGGCAUCAAACGGUAG